GAGCGACGCAGUGCGGUCCAGGCAUGUUCCGCUGUCCAGAAGGGAAGUGCAUCCCCUCGCUGUGGGUGUGCAACUACCAGAAGGACUGCGAGAAGGGAGACGACGAGUUCCAGUCUUGCCCGCCUCCGGACUGCGAGCCGGGCCAGCUGUCGUGCGGCCAGUACGUCUGGAACAAGACCUACUGCAUCCCGCCGCACCAGCGCUGCGACAUGACCAUCGACUGCGUCGACGGCACCGACGAGGCCGAGUGCACGUACCGGAAGUGCCAGCAAGACGACUUCCGGUGCCGCUACGACGGUGACUCGGGCGGCCCGUGCAUCCCGCGCGAGAAGCGCUGCAAUGGCUACUACGACUGCCGCAACCACCGCGACGAGAUGGGCUGCCCGAACGCGGGCCGCGCCUGCGAGCUGGACCACUUCCGCUGCGCCAACGGCCAGCGCUGCAUCGAGGGCUACCAGCGCUGCGAUCACCGCAAGGACUGCUCCGACAACAGCGACGAGGAGAACUGCGAUUUCCCGCCGUGCCAUAAGAGUCAGUUUAGAUGCGCAAACGCAUUGUGCAUACCGGCUUCGUUCCACUGCGAUGGGUAUAGGGACUGCAUUGAUGGUAGUGACGAGCAGAAUUGUACGGCAAUAGCAUGCCCAGAGAACAAAUUCCUGUGCCCGAAAGGUGGCCCUGACGGCGCGCCACGUUGUAUUUCGAGAUCACAACUGUGUGAUGGCAAAAACGACUGCGAAGAUGGUGCCGAUGAAGAAACAGCCUGCUCUACAAACAGUUGUCCAGCUUUGGGAUGUGAGUACAAAUGUCAAGCCUCAUUGACUGGUGGGAGCUGUUACUGCCCUGAAGGAAGAAGUUUAGCUAACGACAGCAGAACUUGUGUUGAUCUUGACGAGUGCACAAAGUGGGGAUACUGUGAUCAAUUAUGCGUCAAUUCUGAUGGCUCCUAUGCUUGCAGUUGUGUUGAUGGCUACGAACUUAGAGAUCGAAAGAACUGUUUUGCUGUUAAUGGUUCAUCCCUUCAGCUGUACUUUGCUCAUGACCUGUCAGUUUGGCGCAUGAAUAGUAAGGGACAAGACUUGCAGCUCAUAGCUAACUCAACUGGCGCUAGUGGCCUGGACUACCACUACAGGCGCAACCUGCUCUUCUGGUCCGAUACCAAAACUAGAAAGAUUCAUUCUCAAGCUCUGAUGUCAGAAGUAUCCACAUAUGGUGCAAAAGACUUUACGCUUCCUGGUACAUGGGCUCCUGUUGCUCUUGCAGUAGACUGGGUUGGUGAUAAAGUAUACGUAGCUGAUGCUGUUGGACAGAAGAUUGACAUUUUCGAACUGAACGGCAGAUGGAAUGCCAUAGUACUGGGAAGCAACUUAAGUAAUCCUGCUGAUAUUGCGCUAGAUCCUACAGUUGGGUACAUGUUUAUAGCAGAUAGCACUCAGAUUCUACGUGCAAAUAUGGAUGGAACAAAUUCUCGUGCUAUUGUAUCAGAGGCAGCGUAUAAGGCUUCAGGAGUCUCAGUCGACAUCAUUGCAAAAAGAGUAUUUUGGUGUGAUUCACUGCUUGAUUAUAUUGAAACUGUGGAUUAUGAAGGCGGUCAACGAUUUCUUGUUUUAAGAGGACAACCAGUACCAUCUCCAUCUCGACUCACAGUAUUUGAAAAUCGUAUUUACUGGUCUGAUAGCACAAAGCAAGGCAUUGUUAGUGUAAACAAAUAUGAAGGAACGAAAUCGAUAUUAGAUAUUUACCGUAUGAGGGAUGUUAAAGAACCAAAGGCUGUGAAAGCUGUACAUAGCUUAAUUCAGCAACAAGUAUCAAAUCCUUGUCACACAAAUAAUGGUGGCUGUCAGCACAUGUGCAUUGUGACAGUUGGGGAUGCACCAGGAAUUCUCGGCUAUCGCUGUGCAUGUAAUAUUGGGUUCAGGCUAGCCCAAGACCGGAGAAGUUGCAACAAUGUUGAUGAAUUUUUGAUGUACUCACAACAAAGAUUCAUUAAAGGGCGUGUGUUGGAUCCUGUAAUUGAAGGUUUCAGCGAUGCAAUGUUACCAGUUGUCUCUCGUAGAGCGCGAUUUGUUGGUCUGGAUUUUGAUGCUUUUGAUGAAUUUAUUUAUUACUCAGAUGUUCUGCAGGAUGUUAUACACCGAAUUCACCGCAAUGGAACAGGUCACGAAAUAGUACUAGCCUCUCAAAAUGAAGGAGUGGAGGGAAUGGCUGUUGAUUGGGUUUCAAAGAAUCUUUACUACAUUGACAGCAGGAAGGGGACUCUAAACGUGCUGAGCACAAGAAAUGUUACUUACCGAAGAACUCUUUUGAAAAACUUGAAGAGACCGAGAGCAAUUGUUGUGCAUCCAAACAAAGGAUACAUAUUCUUCUCAGAAUGGGAUCGUCCUGCAAAUAUUAGCCGUGCUCACACUGAUGGCAGUAACCUGAUGGUAUUUCGAAAUGUUACUCUUGGUUGGCCCAAUGGGUUGUCUGUCGACUUUGAUUCUGAUCGACUUUAUUGGUGUGAUGCACUUCUGGACCAUGUUCAGCAUUCCAACUUAAAUGGCACUGAUGUCAGGACAGUUAAUUCACGUCUGAUUAGACAUCCUUUCUCCAUUGUUAUACAUAAAGACUUCAUGUACAUUACUGAUUGGCGACUAGAUGCAAUAAUAAAGCUACACAAGUUAUCAGGUGACAAGGAAGAGAUUCUUGUUCGAGAACCAACUACAAAUCGGCUGUAUGGAGUGAAAGUGUACAGUCAUAAGGAACAGAUAUUCAGUGGUAGUCAGCCCUGUGCAUACAAUAAUGGAGGUUGUGAAAAAUUAUGCUUUGCUGUUCCACGCAAUGAAACUCUUGGCACCCUUCAGGUGAAGUGCGGCUGUCCUUACGGGGAGAAGCUAACAGAGGAUGGAUCAACUUGUGCUGCAGACCCAAAUGCUGAGCCACCGGUUCAGGCAUGCCCCAACUCCUGGGACUUCACAUGCAACAACCAGCGGUGUGUUCCAAAGGCUUGGGUUUGUGAUGGUGAUGAUGACUGUCUAGACAAUUCAGAUGAAGAACAAAACUGCUCAAAACCAACAUGUGGUGCCGGAGAGUUCCAGUGUAAAACAGGUCGCUGCAUUCCAAUGAGCUUCAAAUGUGAUUCUGAAAACGACUGUGGUGACUACUCAGAUGAAACUGGUUGUGUAAAUGUGACAUGCGCUCUGUCUCAGUACCUCUGUGAUAAUGGACGCUGUAUUCCUGAAACGUGGAAAUGUGAUUCAGAGAAUGAUUGUGGUGAUGGCUCUGAUGAAGGAGAAUUCUGUAAAGAGAAGACAUGUGCCUAUUUUCAGUUUACUUGUCCACGGUCUGGUCAUUGUAUUCCACAGUCAUGGGUCUGUGAUGGAGAUAAUGACUGUUUUGAUAAUCAGGAUGAAGAAGGCUGCCCACCAAUAACAUGUACAGCAUCACAGUUCAAAUGUGCUGAUUUGAAGCAGUGUAUACAGGAAUCAUAUAAAUGUGAUGGUAUACCUGACUGCAAUGAUGGUAGUGAUGAACAAGGCUGCCCGUCCUUGGCUCCGAAUCAGUGCGACAGUGAGAAACAAUUCCAGUGUAAGUCCUCAGGGAUAUGCAUUCCCCGAUCAUGGCACUGUGAUGGUACACCAGAUUGUGAUGACGGCUCAGAUGAACCAUCAUCUUGUGGACAGAUUGACUGCCAAAUGGGUUUCUUCAGGUGCAACAAUUCACAGUGUGUGUUCAAGGCUUAUAUUUGUGAUGGCAAAAAUGAUUGUGAAGAUGGAUCAGAUGAAGACGCGAGACAUGCAUGUGGCCCACCUCCAUUCAGGUGUGCUUCUGAUGAGUGGCAGUGUCCAGGAGUGACAGGGCGCUGUGUCAAAUAUCACCAAGUAUGUAAUAAUAAACCAGAUUGCCCCAAUGGUGCUGAUGAGGGUCCAGGAUGUGACAGGAACAGCUGUGCAUUCAGAGGACUCCUGUGUUCAAAUACCUGUCUUCAGACACCUUUAGGUGCAGUGUGUACAUGUCCUCCUGGAGAAGUAAUGAGCAGCAAUGAUAGCCUUACAUGCCAAGACCUAAAUGAAUGUGAACCUCCUGGUAUGUGUUCUCAACACUGUCAAAAUACCAAGGGCAGCUUUAUUUGUUAUUGUGAGGAAAACUAUGUACUGGAGAGUGAUAAUCGUACCUGUAAAGCUAUCAAUGAGAGUGGAGCAUUCCUUAUCAUAUCAAAUCGUCAUUCCAUAUUAAUUGCUGACCUGAAAGAUAAUGGAUUGGAAAGGGUCCCAAUUAUCGUUGAGAACGUUGUUGCUACAGCAUCCAAUAUGCAUACUGGGACUAUAUUUUGGUCUGACAUGAAACUGAAGAAGAUUUCACGACUUGAUAGGGGCAGUGAUCCCAAGGAGGUGAUAUCAAAUGGCCUAGAUCUUGUUGAAGGCUUGGCUUAUGAUUGGAUUGCCGGAAACUUGUACUGGCUUGAUUCAAGGUUAAAUACUAUUGAGGUAGCUAAGGAAAAUGGAUCAGACAGGAUGGUGCUGUUAAAGGAAAACAUUACUCAGCCUAGGGGCAUGGCACUGGAUCCUACUGAUAAAGCUCGUUGGUUAUUUUGGACUGAUUGGGGAGAAAAUCCUCGCGUUGAAAGGGUUGGCAUGGAUGGAAGCAACCGUACCAUUAUCAUCAAUACAAAAAUCUAUUGGCCCAAUGGACUUACAUUGGAUAUCGCUAACAAGCGUGUGUACUUUGCAGAUUCUAAACUAGACUUCAUAGAUUUUUGUUCAUAUGACGGAACUGGUCGCCAACAGGUUUUGGCAGCAAGCCAUUAUUUACUUCAUCCACAUUCUCUCACACUUUUUGAGGAUACUGUAUAUUGGACAGAUCGUCAAUUGAAUCGUGUCCUGUCUGCUCACAAGUUCCGUGGUCACAACCAAACUGUGGUAUCACAUCUGAUUUCACAGCCACUCAGCAUACAUGUGCAUCACUUUGCACUGCAGCCCAAUGCAAGCAAUCCAUGUAAAACAGCACGCUGUACCCAGUUGUGUCUUCUUUCUCCUUCUUCACCCACUGGAUAUACCUGCAGAUGUAGGCCUGGUUUCCGAAUGUCAAUUGAAGGGGUCUGUACAGUUGAAGAGACAUCAUUCUUAAUGGUCAUGAGGGCCUCUCAAAUUGUGGAUGUUAGUUUGACACCAGGUGACAAAACAACUGGUUUUCUCACACCAAUUGUGGGUAUUGAAGGAGGAAUUCAAUUGGACUAUGAUCGUAAGAUGAAUACUUUGUAUUGGGUUGAAGGCAAAGAAGAUGAUGAUGAAAAUUGCACAAUUUAUACCACUCCAUAUGGGGGUGGAAACAGAACAGAAUUGUUGGGAAAUGGUGACACUGGAAUUGUUGGUGCCCCAUACACAAUUGCAUUUGACUGGCUUGGCCGCAAUCUGUACAUUGGAAACCGAAUGGCUUCAAAUUUUGAAGCCAUCAAAGUUGAUGGCAAGUCAAAAUACCGUGCCAUUAUUUUAGCAAAUGAUGGCAAUAAAACAUCUGUUGCAAAACCCAAAUCAAUGUGUCUGGAUCCAAAGGAAGGGAAAUUGUACUGGGCAGAUGAAGGUGGCUUUGGUGUGCCAUCCAAAAUAGGAAAGGUUAACAUGGAUGGAACAAACCCAGUAGUGCUCAUAGAGGUGGAUCAACCAGAGGCAAUUACAAUUGACCUUGACAGCCAUAUACUGUACUAUAGUAUACAGUAUCCUCCAAGUAUAAAUAUGAUAACCACUGAUGGAGUAGAUCAAGGAGCACUCCUCAAGGAAGAUAAGAAUGUAGCAUUACCAAAGGCUCUGGGUGUAUUGGAUAGCAGAUUAUAUUAUUUAGAUCCUGUUUUCGAAAAGAUUGAACGAGUGGACCUGCCAACUGGAGGGAAUCCGAAGUUAAUACUAGAUAAUGAACCUGAUCUGAAAACAUUCACAAUAUUCAGGAAGAGACAAACUGGAAAUCAUCCUUGUGUGGCUAAUAAUGGUGGGUGUAAUCAGUUGUGCAUACCCAGUGAAAGUAAUAUGAGAGUGUGCAUGUGCUCUGUUGGUUACAAGAAAGAUAAUGAAGUGAGCUGUGUGCCCUACAAGACAUUUGCUGUAGUGUCACAACUAGACAUUACAAGAGGCUAUAGCUUGAAAGAUUCAGCAGAAGCUAUGGUUCCAAUUUCUGGACUAGGGCAUCACAUCUUGCAUGUUGACGUUCAUUAUGCUGAAAACUGGAUCUACUGGGUGGAAUUCAAUAGAGGUAUAUGGAAUGGUAUUUUCCGUAUACAUCCAAAUGGUACAGGUCUUCAACCCGUCAUUAAAGAUGGAAUUGGUUCCAAUGGUAUACGAGGACUUGCAAUUGACUGGGUAGCAGGAAACUUGUAUUUCACGAAUGUCUUUCCACAUGAAAAUUAUCUUGAAGUUUCCUGGCUUGAUGGUUCAAACAGGAAAGUUCUUAGGAAAACAACUACUGAUUCACCAAGAGAGCUUGCAGUAAAUCCAGUUAAAAGGCUCCUUUACUGGAUUGAUUAUGGACAGUACCCACGAAUCGGAAAGGCUUUGCUAGAUGGUUCAAACUGGUCCCCUGUUGUCACAUCAGGUAUCAGCAAUCCGAGAGAUCUCACUGUGGACAUGCUGACUCAUGAUGUGUAUUGGGUUGAUUCAAGACUCGAUAUGAUACAAAAAAUUUCAUAUAAUGGUGGUAACAGACAGCUUAUACGACGUAAUUUGCCCAAUCCAAUGGGAAUAGCUGUACACGUGGGUGAUGUAUAUUGGGUUGAUCGUAAUCUAGCUACAGUUUUCAAGGCAUCAAAAGUGCCUGGGAAUAAUACAAGAGCCAUCUCCCUCCGAACAAAUCUGCCACGUCUAAGAGACAUCGCAAUUUAUGAUCAGUUAAACCAACCACGUGAUGACAGCAAUCCUUGUGUGAAAUUAGGAAAUGGAGGCUGUGAGCAACUAUGUUUUUCAUUCCCACCAGAUCCAAAUGGUGGAAAACCACAGUUUAAGUGUGACUGUGCUACAGGAGAGCUGUCUACAACAGGAAAUGGACGCAAAUGUGAAACUGUAAAUGAAUUCUUGGUGUUUGCAACUCGAACAGAAAUAAGGGCCAUUAGUCUGGAUCCUCAAGUUACAACGUAUCCAUUCAAGCCUGUGGUCAAUUUAACAAAUGUUGUCGGAGUUGAUUUUGAUUUUGCUGAUCAGAGACUACUAUUUACGCAAAUUCGUCCCUGGGCAAAGAUUGCAUGGAUUCCAAGUGCAAAUCCAUCAAGUGAGACUCAUACUAUUUUAGACAAAGGCAUCAACCCAGAAGGAAUCGCAUUUGAUUGGACACAAAAGAAGAUUUACUGGACAGAUUCUUCAAAUAGUAGCAUCUAUGCAAUGAAUUUUGAUGGAACUGAUCUUGUAAUGAUAGCUCGAGUUGAAAGACCAAGGGCUAUUGUUAUUGAUCCUUGCAAUGGGUCCUUAUACUACACAGACUGGGGACGAUUUGGGACAUCUGGUAAAAUUUAUCGCACCACUAUGGCAGGUUCUCUUAAGAAAGCCAUCAUUGACAAAGACCUGUCACAACCCAGUGGUCUUGCUAUUGACUAUGAUGACCGGAUGCUUUAUUGGACAGAUGCUGUUCGUGAAAAAAUUGAGAGAUCAGAUCUGGAGGGCCAGAAUAGAGAGAUUUUAAUAACGGCCACUAUUUAUCCAUUUGCUAUCACUGUACAUGGACAGUAUAUGUACUGGACAGACCUACAGCUCCGUGGUGUCUACAGAGCUGAAAAACAUACUGGUGCCAAUAUGAUAGAAAUGGUAAAGCGGCUGGAUGAUUCACCUAGAGACAUUCAGGUUUUCUCUUCACUUCGACAAGCAUGUGUAGAAAACUCAUGUCACAUAACCAAUGGAGGCUGUGAACAGUCCUGUCACCCAGGGCCCAAUGGAACAGCAGAAUGUAAAUGUGAUGGCGACUCCAAAUUAGUAAAUGAGAACAGGAUGUGCGUGCCAAAGAACUAUUCAUGUGACGCAAGUAAAUUUUACUGCAAAAAUGGCAGGUGCAUUUCACGUAUGUGGGCAUGUGAUGGAGAUGAUGAUUGUGGUGAUAACAGUGAUGAAGAUGUUUACUACUGUGCGUUUCAUUCUUGUGGCUCCAAUGAAUUUCGAUGUGCAAAUGGAAGAUGCAUUUUCAAAACUUGGCAAUGUGACCAUGAAAAUGAUUGCCGUGAUGGUUCUGAUGAACUAGAUUGUGAUUACCCACCAUGUGCUGCUGGAGAAUUUACGUGUGAAAAUCAUAGAUGCAUAGAUAAAUCUCAGGUUUGCAAUGGAGUGAACGACUGUAAAGAUAAUGCAACAUCUGAUGAGACACAUGACCUGUGUCCACGAAAUAAGACAUGCCCUCCAAAUCACCUUAAGUGUGAGAAAACAAAUAUCUGUGUGGAACCUUACUGGCUUUGUGAUGGAGACAAUGACUGUGGUGACAACAGUGAUGAGGAUCCGCUGCACUGUGCAGAGAGAUCUUGCCCACAAAAUAGCUUCAGAUGUCCUAACCACCGAUGCAUACCUGCUACAUGGUACUGUGAUGGUGAUGAUGACUGUGGAGAUGGGUCAGAUGAGCCACCCGAGUACUGCAGGCUGGAGGGUCGCACCUGUUUUGGCGAUCUUUUCACUUGUGAUAAUGGAAACUGUAUUCCAAGGAUCUACAUAUGUGAUGGGGAUAACGACUGCCUUGAUAAUUCUGAUGAAGAUAAGCGUCAUCAGUGCAAUGAUAGAAAAUGUGAUGAGGAGACAGAAUUUACGUGCAAUGAAAAUAAGAAAUGGAAUCGGGCCCAAUGUAUUCCCAAGAAAUGGCUUUGUGAUGGUGACCCAGAUUGUGUUGAUGGGGCAGACGAAAACUCGACCCUCUUGAAUUGCCCAACUCCAGCUCCUUGUGGUGAAGGACAGUUUAAGUGUGCCAAUGGACGCUGCAUUAACAAGGGUUGGGUAUGUGACCAUGAUAAUGACUGCGGUGAUGGAACAGAUGAGGGGAAAUUCUGUAAUUCUCAGUACAAAACAUGCAGUCCUCAAGAAUUUACUUGUCAAAACUUCAAAUGCAUUCGUCGUGCCUACCAUUGUGAUGGGGGAGAUGACUGCGGCGAUGGCUCUGAUGAAUUCAGUUGUCCAGAGAAAAAUAACACAUGCCCACAAGGAAAAUUCCGGUGUAACAAUGGAGACUGCAUCGAUAGCAGUUUGGUGUGUAAUAAGGUAUCUGACUGUUCUGACGAUUCUGACGAGCCUCUGCAUUGCAAUGUUGACGAGUGUGCCAAAGUAGAAGUGCAUCAGUGUGGACAUAAGUGUGUGGACACACCCACAGGAUAUUACUGUGAAUGUAACCAAGGAUACAAGUUAAUGCCAGACAAUAAAGCUUGUACAGAUAUAGAUGAAUGUUUGGAAACCCCUGGAGUUUGUUCACAGUACUGUUCAAAUACGCCUGGUUCUUAUUACUGCAAAUGUAAUGAUGCAUUUUAUGAGAGAGAAACAGAUGAACAUACAUGUAAAAGGAGAGAUGGCACAAAACCCUGGCUGAUAUUUACCAACAAGUAUUACAUACGGAACAUGUCACUGGACGCCACACAAUAUUCAUUAGUCCAUCAGGACCUCAUGAAUGUAGUAGCACUGGAUUUUGAUUACAAGGACCAGUACUUGUACUUCUGUGAUGUCAGUGCUAAGACAAUCUAUAGAUCUCCAAUUGGUAGCACAGACAACAACCAGACAAAGGAGCCAGUUAUUCGCCAUGAUAGUCACGGUUUGGAGGGCCUUGCUGUGGACUGGGUUGGCCGCAAGCUGUAUUGGCUUGACCGGCACAGUAAGAAUCUGGAUGUUGCUGAACUGGAUGGCCGCAGCAGGAAGACUAUCAUGUCUGGCAUUGCAGACCCACGUGCAGUUGUAGUGCAUCCUGGCAUUGGUUACCUCUACUUUACCAGCUGGCAUCUGCAGGCUUAUAUUGGAAAGAUUGGUAUGGAUGGCUCUAACUUCACAAGAAUACUGAAGUGGGAUCAAGACAUUGCUUGGCCAAAUGCUUUAACCAUUGAUUAUUUCACCGAUCGUCUGUAUUGGGCAGAUGCACAUCUUGAUUACAUUGCAUCUGUAGACCUGGAAGGCAGGCACAGACAUGUGGUGUUAUCUGGUCAGCAAGUACCACAUGUAUUUGCAAUAACUUUAUUUGAUGAUGAUCUGUUCUGGACAGACUGGAACCUUAAAGCCAUCAGUCGAGCAAAUAAAUUUAAUGGGCAUAACUUGGAAGUAAUUCGCAAUACCACGCACAGACCGUAUGAUAUUCAUGUGUUCCAUCCUCUGAGGCAGCUAGCAUACCACAAUCCUUGUGGUAAUGGGAAUGGAGGUUGCUCACAUUUAUGCCUGCUAGCUCCAGGCUCAGGACAGUACCAAACCCCAGAGGGUUAUGGAGAAGGUGAGGGUACUGUUGGUUACACUUGUGCAUGUCCCAAUCAGUUUUUCCUCUCUCCUGCGGAUAACAAGACCUGCAUUGCCAACUGUACAGUGGGACAACAUCGUUGUGGUGCACCAGAUGAGAGUUGCAUCCCAUGGUUCUGGAAGUGCGAUGGGGAAAAAGACUGCAGGGAUGGAUCAGAUGAACCUUCAGAUUGCCCUGGCCGGCAGUGUCGUGCAGGGACGUUCCAGUGUGAGAACGGAAACUGUACUGCAACUGCCACUAUAUGUGAUGGAGUUGAUGACUGUGGAGACAAUUCAGAUGAGAAAAAAUGUGAUUUACCAUGCCCUGAUCUUGAAUUUAAGUGCAAAACCACUGGACGAUGUAUUCUCAAUGCCUGGAAGUGUGAUGGUGAUGCAGAUUGUAAGGAUGCCAGUGAUGAAGAUCCUGCAAUAUGCCGAAACCGACAGUGUGAUCCUGAAACAGAAUUUUCUUGCAAGAAUGGCCGGUGUAUCCCUAAAUUGUGGAUGUGUGAUUUUGACAACGAUUGUGGUGAUGAUUCUGAUGAACCAGCUUAUAUGUGCAGGCAGCGUAACUGUACAAAUGGGUGGCAGCGUUGUCCCGGCCAUGCAAAUUAUCGUUGCAUUCCAAAAUGGUUAUUCUGUGAUGGAAAGGAUGACUGCAGAGAUAACAGUGAUGAAAUGGUAGAGAACUGUCCGAAAUGCCACGAGACAGGUGAUUUCCAGUGUAUGAACAACAGAUGCAUUCCAAGGCGGUGGCUAUGUGAUUUUGAGAAUGACUGUGGUGAUAAUAGUGAUGAACAUGAAUCCGUGUGCAGUGGAUCAUACAGGGAAUGUUCAGAAUCGGAGUUCCGUUGUGCAAAUAACAAAUGUAUUCCAACAAGAUGGCGCUGUGAUCAUGAUGAUGAUUGUGGAGAUAAUUCAGACGAAGUAAACUGUGCAGGAUUUCAGUGCAGGAAUGGAACAUUCCAGUGUGCUAGUGGCCACUGCAUUGCAGCAUAUUUCAAGUGUGAUGGAGACAGAGAUUGUCUGGACAUGAGUGAUGAAAUGCAUUGUCCACCACGAUAUCCUAAUGGUAGAUAUUGUCCCGAGAGUAAAUUUGAGUGUUCCAAUCAUCUGUGCGUGAACCAAGGGGACCUCUGUGAUGGAACAGAUGACUGUGGUGAUAAUUCAGAUGAAAGUCCAGCAUUGUGCAAUGACUUUAACUGUGAUACCCUAAGAAGAUUCCAGUGUGAUAAUCAUAAAUGCAUUCCAAGAUAUCAGGUGUGCGAUGGAGCAGACAAUUGUGGUGAUGGAAGUGAUGAAAAUAAUAUGACAUUGUGUGCCUCUCGUAUCAAGCCAUGCAACCAUUAUUCAGAAUAUCACUGUGCAAAUAAGAACUGUGUUGACAAGAAAAAAUUGUGUGAUUUUGCAGAUGACUGUGGUGACAAUUCUGAUGAGCUUGGUUGUCACCAUUUGAAAUCAUGCACAGAAGCAACAAGAGGAGGAUGUGAACAUCACUGCAUCAAUAUAACUGGUGGUGGAUAUAUCUGUGCUUGCUACAGUGGGUACAUUAUAUCUCCUGAAAAUAAAAAGAAAUGCCUUGAUAUAGAUGAAUGUGAAUCUGGGACCCAUCACUGCUCACAGACUUGUACCAAUCUAAAUGGAACUUUCAGUUGCUCCUGUCGAGACGGGUUUGUUCUCUCUGAUAGACUGAGUGGUGUAUGCAAGGUGGCAGAUGGUGGUAUUACAUUACUUUUUGGCAAUGGACCAGAGAUAAGAGCAUAUGAACCUAAAGAACGAAGAGCACAAAAUGUAAUUCAGAACGAGAAGAGGAUUGAAGCAAUUGACUAUGAUCCAAGAAUGGAAUAUGUGUUUUGGGCAGAUUCAUAUGAUAAAACAAUUAAGAGGUCAUAUAUGAUUAAUGCUAAAAAUGGAGAAGUAAAAAUGGGAUAUGCUCAAGAUCUGGAUAUGAAAGGUAAUUCAAAGCCAACUGGCAUUGCAGUGGAUUGGGUUGCAGAAAAUCUGUAUUGGACAGAGACUGAUCGUUCAGGCAACAAACCGAGAGGCAGAGUAAUGGUUGCAAAGCAAGAUGGACGCUUCCGCCGCUCCCUUGUGUCGACUGGACUGGAAUCACCAACUUCAGUGGCUCUCGAUCCUCAGUUAGGCCGCAUGUUCUGGGCUGAUGCUGGGGCAGCACCAAAGAUUGAGACAGCUUGGAUGGAUGGGAGCAAACGCAGGCCACUGGUCACAGACGGUAUCAGGCACCCGACAGGCCUCGUUGUUGACUACGCUAUGGACCACACGUUAUAUUGGGCCGACACUAAACUGAACUACAUUGUGAGGAUGCGACAAGAUGGAUCCAACAGAGUUGAUGUUUUGAAAGGAGAGUCCUUGCGUCAUCCCAUAUCAUUGGAUGUUUUUGAAAGCAGCCUGUAUUGGGUGAACAGAGACAAUGGAGAACUUGUCAGACAGGACAAAUUUGGACGUGGUGUUCCAGUAGUAGUUGCAAAAGAUAUUGAAAGUCCAUCAGGAGUGAAAGUGUACCACAAACUUCGUUACAACAUGUCACUGAUUGAUCCUUGCUAUAAUAGCCCAUGUUCCCACCUGUGUGUUAUUGUGCCUGGUGGGCACCGGUGUAUGUGUCCAGACAAUACACAGACACACAAAGGCAACAAUGAAGUGCAGUGUGAUGCACCUAACGAAGAGCCACAUCCAGAACCACGGAUAUGCAGGUGUCAGAAUGGCGGCGUAUGUCAAGAAGCAGAUGACGGUUCCAGUGAUCUUGUUUGUGAAUGUCCCAAAGAAUUUGCUGGCAAAUUCUGUGGAACCUAUCUUCAGCAUGCAACAGAAGGUGGAUCUGGACCUAAUACUGCAACAAUUGUUGUGCCUAUUGUGGUUAUUCUUCUUGUACUAGCAUCUGCAGUGGCAUUGUUUAUAGUUUUCCGGAAGCAUCCAUUUGGAAAGGCUCCUGGCCUCGGUGGACUAACGAAUUCCCAGAGUGUUUCCUUCAGACAAGGAACGAAUGUUGAAUUUGGCUCACCAGCUUUUGCAGCUAAUGGCCCGCAAGGGACACGAGUAGAACCAAUAGAUGCUGAAUACAACAUGCGUGAUGUUGGACCAAAAAAUAGAGACUUCAGCAAUCCGAUGUAUGAUGCCCUUGGAAAUGUAACUGGAGGACAAACUGGAAAUGGAGGCGGUGGUGGAGGGAUAUACGAAGUUCCAGCAGAUGUUGCUAAAUCAAAAAUUGGAAGCAAUGGAGAAGUAGAUAUGAUGCCUGAACCAGCAUCAGCUAUUCUCGCACCUUCAAGUAUAAUUCAGAAAUCCUCACCUCAGAUUCACAUCAGGCACAGAGAACUGGAUCCCACCUCUACAGAUACUGGCAAAGACACUCAAAAGCUCGUAGAGGAGGACAAAUCAGAAUGCUGAAAUAUGCACACACCUAUUGAACUGUUAACACGACAAGUUCUCUGAGAGAAUUCGGAUACUGCGUAUCUCAACCAGUGUGGUGCAAUUAUUAUACCAACUGAAUAUUUACAAACUUGAUUGUGAAAGGACAUCACUGGUAGGCUGUGUGUUAAUAAUUGACAUUAAAAAUGUAAAUAUUCUUAACUUCAAUGCAGAAGUCAUAAUGAAGACAAAGGCAGAAAUACUAUGAUAUAUUUUCAUAACAGGUACAUAUGAAUUUGUCACAAGAUAUUUCUGUAGAGGAUCCUGUUGUCUCUGUUAAGAGCUUGUGCAGUAUUACAAUUUUUAAAUCUGUUGUGCAUCCCAGGAGUGUGAGAAAGAAGUGUAUAUUGUUGAUAUGUUUUAUUGUUGAAGUUGAAGCAGAUUUGUGAAUAUUCAUAUGUAAAUAUGAUCAGAACAUCAUUUUAUGCGAGGCUGCAGCUAAUACUCUAUAAAAGCAGAGGAAGACUGACUGGACUAUGACACUUUGAUAUCAGGGCCGUAAACUGUAAUUCCUCCCUGUAUUUUAAAUUACUUCCCACAAUCUGAAAAUGUUGAAGGUCUUAACAACUUACAAGUGGCACAGAAUGAUAACUAUCAUUAUAAAUAGUGCAGAGUUAUUUUUAUAUAAAUGUUGCAUGUAAAGUAUGCAUACAAAUGUGGCAUUCCAAUGGGCCAAACAACUAAGUAAAAAUCUUCCAUUAGUAUAAAAAAAGUAUUCCACAUGUAAUUUAAGACAGGGUAACAGUUUUGAACAAAAUUUUAUCCUGUAUGAAUUUACAUAUCUGUUUCCUAAAAUGUGGAAAUCUAUAUUUCUGUACAUACUUCAGACCUUUACAUGGGACCAUUUAUGACACUUCAUCACUGUUGAUCUAAAAGUAUGUUUUGUUGUGUAAAUUUUUGAUUUGUUUUUAAUGUUAAAAUAUGAAAGUUUAACUAUGCUGUUGAAAUUCCAAACAACUGCCUUAUUUAUUUCAUAAGGAUACGGGUGCUCUCCUGCACACUUUCCCCUAUGCAGUGUUUUGAAUUAAGAUUUGUGAAAAUACACAAAUAUUGUAAUGAAACCGUCCAUGUUCAUCUUCUUUGUAUGCAAAGUUUUUGAUUUUAACAAAAACUUCAUACAGGAAUAUGGAAUUAUAGUACUAUAUAAAUAUAUUUGUUACUCCUCCAGAAUGUUUCCCAAAAAUUAGUGGAUUUUGGGAACUGACAGUUGUGAUAACCAUUUUUGUCACCGAGCACAAAUGAUAAAGUGGAUGUUAUUUUUGUAGAUGAAUAGCAAAUUUUAUUUUGUCACACAAAUGUGGCUCCAUAUGCAGCUUUGCAGUUGUAAAUCUCUUUUGUGGUGUGGUAUGCUCUAUAUUAUUAAAAAAGAUGAAUAAGAAAUUAACAGGAAUUCAACAAUGCUGUGGAAAAACUGGAAACUAAUUUGUUUGCUGGACAUUUCUAUUUAAAAUGUAAUAUGUUUUAAAUUAUUAGUGCCAACACAUAAAUAAUUAAAGAAACCUUGGAAAUACUCUGGCAAAAGUUAAGGGAGAUGUUUAAGAUCAUGUUGUUCUUGUUUCAGAAAUUGUAUUAUAUUUAAUGUGUGUCUAUAAUUAAAAACAAGCAACUGAAGGCAUAGUGAGAUGACAUGAUUUCUAGAAGAUCCAUAGCAAACUUGUAACUAAUAAAUGAGAAUAAAUGGCCAAUUACAACUGCAAAAUAAUAUGAAAUACAUUUAAUUUGUGUGCAUUUAAAUCUUCAGCUUGUUACCAAAUUCUGUGAUAUCAGAGCAGUAAUGUUAUCACAAUUCAAGCUUUUUAGAGUAAUUACUGAAUAAUUACUCAUCAUGUAAAUUCUUACAAUGACCUGUACCAAGAUAUUGAAUAUUUUUUUACAAAAAAAUGUAAUAUAUUGACUGAAAAUUGUCAGCCUGAAAUA